CAGAGAGAGAAUUGCUUUCAUUAUGUAAACCUCUUCCCUGUUCUCAGUCUGCUUUUUCACACGUUUUUCUGUCUGCCCCGUCCUUCUGUCCUGCAGUGCCCUGUUGCUGCCUGUGGAAGCGGUACAACAUGGCUUACAGUGUGAAUCUGAAUGGACCUGGACCGUGGGGCUUCCGACUGCAGGGGGGCAAGGACUUCAACAUGCCCUUGACCAUCUCCAGAAUCACCCCUGGCAGCAAGGCAGCACAGUCACAGAUGAACCAGGGGGACCUUGUCGUGGCCAUUGAUGGAGUCAACACUGACAGCAUGACCCACCUGGAGGCCCAGAACAAGAUCAAAUCAGCCAGCCACAACCUGAGCCUCACUCUGCAGAAAUCCAAACGUCCAGUGCCAGUUUCAACCACAGCUCCCAGAAUUGACUCCCCCAGGGCUGUAAUUCCCCAUCAGAAGGUGAUAACCAACACCGCUGCCAACACGGACUUCACGGAGCGUUUCAACCCCAAUGUCCUGAAGGACUCUGCCCUGUCUACCCACAAACCCAUUGAGGUGAAGGGCCUUGGCGGCAAGGCUACCAUAAUUCACGCGCAGUAUAACACCCCGAUCAGCAUGUAUUCCCAGGAUGCUAUCAUGGAUGCAAUUGCAGGCCAGGCACAAGCCCAGGGUGGAGAAUUUGCUGGCACCCUCCCCCUGAAGGAUCCUCACGUAGACAGUGCCUCUCCGGUGUAUCAGGCUGUGCUGAAAACUCAGAACAAGCCGGAGGAUGAGAGCGAGGACUGGAGCCGGCGCUCUGCCAACCUGCAGUCCAAGUCCUUCCGCAUCCUCGCCCAGAUGACUGGAACCGAGUACAUGCAAGAUCCAGAUGAAGAAGCACUGAGGAGGUCAAGAGACAAGGAAAACGUUGCAGCAGCAUCAGAAAACAGGCCUGCAGGUACCGCGCAUGCGCCCCAGUAUGUGACCUCGAGUAUUUGGCACCCUCCUAAGUCAUCCACCAGGGAUGCCCACACUGCCAAUGCUCAGCCAGUGGCCUCCAAGGGCUCUGUGAGGCUUGGAGCGGGUACAAGCCAGGGGGAGGCCGGGUUUGGCCAGAAAGCCCCUCGUGCUUCGUCCAGUAACCAAAGUACCCCUGUUGAGCAUGCCCCGGUGGCUCCCAGUUCUGCUGCUCCUGCACCACACGCUUCAGCACCUCAGCCUGCUGCUGCUGCUCCAAACACAGCCAUCCCGAUGACAGCACCAGCCAGCACCUCCGUAGUGCAAGAGUCUUUCUCAUCCUCCUUCCAAAGAAACACAACCCAGUCAUAUACACCAAUGUCAGUUUCUGGAAGCUACAGUGAAAGUCCUGCUCCUUCUGCUGCUUCAAAAAUGAGAGUUGUUACUACUGCCAGCAUAAAGCCCUCUGUCUACCAGCCAGCGCCAGCACCGGUUCAUUCCUACGUCCCUGCCAACACGGAGCCUGCGAGUCGCCCUCCCUGGGUAACAGAUGACUCCUUUUCCCAGAAAUUCGCACCUGGAAAAUCCACCACCACUGUCACGAAGCACAUCCUACCGAGGGGUGCUCCGGUGCCAUCUCCUGCCACAGUCUCCGCUUACCCAUCUCCAGUUCCAAGUUCUUCCCAGCCGCCUGCACUAGCGCGGGGAACGGUUCAGAGGGCGGAGCGUUUUCCGGCCAGCAGCAGAACUCCUCUCUGCGGGCACUGUAACAGCAUCAUUCGAGGUCCUUUCCUGGUAGCCAUGGGUCGCUCUUGGCACCCAGAAGAAUUCAAUUGUGCUUACUGCAAGACAUCCUUGGCUGAUAUGUGCUUUGUGGAGGAGCAGAACAGCGUGUACUGUGAGCGCUGCUAUGAACAGUUCUUUGCACCGACCUGUGCCAGAUGCCACACCAAGAUUAUGGGGGAAGUGAUGCAUGCCCUAAGACAGACUUGGCACACAAGUUGCUUUGUCUGUGCUGCUUGUAAGAAGCCGUUUGGGAAUAGCCUGUUCCACAUGGAGGACGGGGAACCUUACUGUGAGAAAGAUUAUAUUGCUUUGUUCAGCACAAAAUGUCACGGCUGUGAUUAUCCUGUUGAAGCUGGAGAUAAAUUCAUUGAAGCUCUUGGACACACUUGGCAUGACACCUGCUUCAUUUGUGCUGUAUGCCAUGUGAAUUUGGAAGGUCAGCCAUUCUACUCCAAGAAGGACAAGCCGCUGUGCAAGAAGCAUGCCCAUGCCAUCAAUGUUUAAAAGAAGAGCUGGCAGUCAGUAAUGCUGGGGUAAAAACAGAUGACUAACUGGGCAAUCAUAAAGUUGAUAACCAUGGCUAGCAUUUCUCUCAGUAAGCUAGAAGUUGGUACUUCUCAAGUUUAACUUUAUCCACUUUCAUAAAUGCAGAAUGUGCUUUUUGCAAAGCUCAUACAAAAACCUACUGCAUGAACAGUCAAAACCAAAUGAACUGAUGAAUUAGUCCAUUAUUAGAGCAACAGUUGGGGGAAAUAUUGAAAUUAACUAAAAACCUUAAUAUUAAAUGUGCAAAUAUAGUUUUAAGUUAACGACCCACGGCAGUUUAGCAGUUUUACUGCUUAGACCACACACUGGUGUUUAAAAACAACUGGAAAAAUACUUCUGUAUUAAGUCAUUUUCUUUCACAGCAAGAAUGAGUAAGUGCCAUAUGUACAGUCAUCUGUAGAACCAAAGGCUGUAGCUUUCAAAGGGAAAUAAAUAGAUUAGGGCUUCCUCUAGGAAAAGUGAGUGGUAUUCCAUUAUGUUGUGGUGCUAUCUCAUAGCAUCAGAUAUUUUAGCUUCUUUCCAAAUAACAAGUCUGCCUUGAAUCCAUAUGUAGCUGGGAAGCCUAGGUGAAAAUUCAUAACAGUUUGAAAAUAAAAUGGUUGGGUCAGCCUUGCUAGUGCCCUUGGCUUCUAUGUGCACAGCAGAUAAUUCACUUUCAAAUCCUAAUGGAAAAGGACAACUGGCUUUCUCCAAAUUGCUCUUACAUUGAAUGGAAUAGAGCUGGCUGGAAAGGCCAGCUUUUAAUUCAAAACCAGUUUUCCUUUCCUCCUGUGGGGAAAAAAAAAAAAAAAAAGAUAGUCAGUCUUGCUUUGGUUUCUAAUUCCCACUGAUAGCAGAGGGAGGUAGGAACCUCUGUCUGGACCUUCACGCUGGUGAACACAGAAGAAACACAUCCAUCUAGCACAGCUAGGUUGUGGGAAACAGCUUGCAAAAGUUCCCUACUCUAUCCCACAUAAUUAGGAAAAAGGCUUUUUUUUUUUUUUUUUUCUCUAUAGUGAAUGAAUGUUGAUCAAAAAUUCAUAAGGCAGCAGGCACAUACACUUUAUUCCUUUCCUUAGUUUAAAUGCAACACAGCAUGAAUUGUAGCAAUAUUUGCCAUUGGAAAACAGUAGCUAUGUUCCAACAAUUAGGAGAACCAUACAGUCAUCUUUUCUAAUAACCAUACAGGCAUCUAUCCUAAUAGUUUGAGAACAACUUUCAACAGUCCAACAGUUAUUUAUAAAAGUCUUUUUUUCAAAUAAGCAAUACUUGUUGUACUGGUAAUACUUUUGAAUUGUUGAAUAUCAAUGACUUUUAUAUUGGAGACAGCAGUUCUGUCUGAUGGAGUUAAGAUGGAAAGUCUGAUCACCAUUCAAGCUUUAUUAACUCAUUUAAGUGAGAAUUAAGAUGUGUGUGUUGACAGCUUGCAGUACUGACAGUUUUGAAUUAGUACUUCUGAGGCUGAGGAUGCUUUCUGUGGGCCACAUGCUGGUGCCAUCUGCACCUAUUUUACCUUGUGUUCUGAGUAGCAAAAAAUUACUUAACGUUGUCUGUCUUGUCCCUCCCAUGGGUAAUGCCCAUUUCAUUUGUGUGUCUCUUAAGGGAUGAAAAACUAUCCAAAGUUUGGAGGAGGAAUAAAUGAAAUUUGGAUUUCUAAUAUAAGAGUUAUGUUAGCUGCAGGCAGUCUGCAUCUUGGACAAAAAUAACAACCUGAACUGCCUGUGGCAGUUUUGACAUGUACGACCUGUAUUUAUUCAAUAGGUAUCUUAGUUUUCACUGAUCUUAGCAGUGAUCUGAUCUGAGCUGCUACAGGGUCAGAUUUUUGUAUGCAUGAAUUAUUCUAAAACACUAGUACAUCAUAUGCAAAGCCUUUUUUUCUUUUUUUUUUUUUUUUUUUUUUUCCUUUUCUUUUCUUUUCAGAAAAGCAAAUUUUCUGUUUUCAAUCGGUGCUGGGCUGGUGUGAAUAUGAUCCCAUAGAUUAUAAAAUCCAAACAUCUGGCUCAUAAUACUCUCCAGAGGAAUAAAUCACAAUUAUGGGAGUUAAAUAUUUUUUUCCACUCCUAUUGGAUUUCUUUAAAUACAUAUUCACAACAAUGAGAAAAUUCUACAUUUCCUUGACAUUUUUCAGUGCCAUUCGACAAAACGCUGUUUAUUAUUAACUGCUGUUUGAGAGAAUUCACAUCAGCGUACUGUAGAGUGCACAUGCCCUAGACUGCAUUGAAGCUAUUCUUUGGCAGAUUUGUGUCGGCGUUGGCCACUGGCCGGGGCCGAUCUCUGACUGCAGCCUCAGGGCAGGGAGUCCGGCUCCACGGGAGGGGCUGGCGAUGGAUGCCUCGGGAGAAUUUCACGAGCUCUCUGAUCCGCAUGUGUUUAUAUGUGUGUGUCUCGUUGUCCCCUCCACCUUCCCCCUCAGUGUCCCCCGAGCUUGCUCCUCAGUGGCAGCGUGCGGGAUCCAUCACGUUAGGAUCCGGCGGAGAUGUCAGGGAGUGCAGUCCGUGGGACGCUGCUGGCGGGCGGCGGGGCUGGGCCGAGCUCCCCGGGGUCCCCGGGCGGGCCGGGCCGGCAGCUGGAGGUGCGCGGGCAGCCUGGAGCUCCUGCCGUGGAGGGGAGCCGGGGAUCACGGCGGGAGAGCGCCUGAGGCAGCCACAGCGCGGGGGCUCUGCUAGGGUGGGACAAGAUGAGGCGCUGAGGAGACGGGAAACCCUUCCCGAGGCUGGGGCUGCGGGGGAGGAAUGGCCAGCUUUCACCGGGCUGGCGCGGCACAGAGCCGGGCUGGGGCAGGGGGCAGCCGGCAUGACUCUCUGCAGUCAGGGAGGGGGCUUCAGGCGAGAAGUUGGGGUACAAGCAGCUCACAAUAGCGCAGAGAGAUGGUUUGAAUAGGUUCAGAAGGGUGAGCGAGGAUCCAGUCCGGUAAAGCGGAGAUCUGCAGGGAAGGGAACGAGCGCAGUGUGUGCAGGCAGAGCCGAGCUGCCGUGCGGCGUGCGGCGGUGGAAGCGCCCGGCGCACACUGCGCUGGGAGCUGGGCUGGCCUGAGAGAGUCCUGAGAACGCCCUUGGCACAGAAGCUGCGCUGUAGCGCUGUAGCGCCUGCCCUGGCUCCAGCUGGUGCCCGGGCAGGGGAGAUUAAAGCUAGUUUACAUAUCGCUCUAUGAGGUACGGCGAUAUCUCUGCAUGAAGAACAGAGGUACCCUGAGGAUUAUCAUGUAAUAAAAACUUCCUGUCAUGACUUGUGCUGCUUCAUAAUGUGGUCCAAAAAUAGGGAAUCCACGUACCCGCCCUUGAUGUCUGUAUUAAGAUAUAAUUUUUGCACAUAUCUGAACCAGAAAUUUGUGAAUAAUAAUGUAGCGUUUUAACUUUCACAGGGGUAGAAUACCACGUAACUGCUGAUACUCUUCUGCUAGGUCACCUUUGUGAUACGGAGAGGGUAAAAUGCAUAAAUAUAAUAAUAUAUAUCUCUAAAAUUCAAAAUACGGCCUUUUCACUAUCGCUGGAAAUACUGUACAAAAAUAUGCAAGAUGAAUAACGUGUACUUGAUUAUGUUUUAUGUCUUGGAAGAGUUGCCUGGGAUAAGUUCAAAGUUCUUCUGAUUUUUUUUUUUUUAUUCUAAUUAAUGUGAGUUUUUACCCACUAAAACAAAGAUACUGUACCUCUGAAUGAUCAAUUAAAAGGAUCAGUCUUUUGUCUAAGUAAAAAGUGUUCAGUAACUUUUCAGUCAAAAGAUUCAAAAGCUUUUUUAAUGCUUUUCACUCUUUUGGUGUUCUUUUUGCAGAGCAGGGCAAAUUAAAUGUUUCCAAAGAAAGCUACUUUUAUUAUCUGGAAAAAAAAAAAAAAAAAAAAAAAAAAAACAGUCUUAAGAUUUUUAUUUCAUUGGUUUUUACUGUAUAUUGGGUUCACACAUUACACAAUUCUAAAAUCAAUUCAAAACAAGGGAAAAUAUCUUUCCAUUGGUCCUUCAGUGGUCAGUACUUUGGGUGAAAUGUUUUGCUGAUGAUUACUUGUAUUUAUGUUUAAUAAUGUGAAUGUCCACAGCACUGAACACAUUCAUUAGUGUCUAAUGCUGGGCACACUAAUGUUUGUUUGCAAUACUCGUCUCCUGGUAGUGGGUAUUAAUUUGUUUAGUAUUUAUAAACAGCAGAAUUUGAAACUGAGUGAUUUAUUGCCUGCAGUGAUCAUAUAUUAGAGGUCUAGGUUUUAUAAUAUUUUGACAUGUUGACUUGAUGCCACAAGUGCCCUUGCUUUUAGAUAGAUAUUUUUUUCCUAAGUUCCUAGUUGUUUCAGAACAGAAUGUCUGGUGGUUUAUGAGAUGUGAGUAAUUACCUUGCAUGGAUUAUCUGUGCCAACAUGAAUAAAACAGUCUAGUAAUAAAAGCAAUGUGCAAAUACAGUUAAAGCUUUAUGAUUUGGGUAUAUUUAUUAAUAUGCCACGUGAACAGCUGACAGCUUUCAGCCAUGUAAUAUCAGUAAGAACGCAUACACAAGCUUGUACUCUCUACUUCAGACAUGAAAAUAAAAACUAAAAGCAUUGGUUUCA